AUGCGAAUUCUAAAGAAACCGGUUUCUUUUUGCCUUUCUCUUUUCUCUCCUGAAUUCUCCCGUCCUUUUGAUUCCCGAAUAAGCUUUUAUUCGGGAUUUCAUCAUAAAAUUCCUAAUUUCUCCUUCGCCAAACCAAAACAAAUACACACUGCAGGUUUUGAUGGAGGAAUUGGAUUUUUAGGUGUUACUUUGGAGCGAAUGUUGGAAGAUACAUAG